AUAAGUAGCUUCGCAAUCUCCAAUAACUGAUACCCGCGUCUAUUGCUUCUUGAAAUUUUGGGUUUAGGGUUUUUGUUUCCCGGUGUUUCUCAGUCGGGAUAAUUCGGAGAUGAAGACGAUCAAGCCUUUGCCCGAAGGUGUUCGUCACUCCAUGCGUUCUGGGAUUAUCAUGUUCGACAUCACGAGGGUCGUGGAGGAACUCGUGUUCAAUAGCCUCGAUGCUGGUGCGACCAAGGUGUCAAUAUUCGUGGGUGUUGUUUCGUGCUCUGUGAAGGUUGUGGAUGAUGGAUCAGGCGUUUCCAGAGAUGAUUUAGUUUUGUUGGGGGAGAGAUAUGCUAGUUCAAAGUUUCACGAUUUGGAGACAGCCAGUGAAACUUUUGGAUUCCGUGGAGAGGCGUUAGCUUCAAUAUCAGAUAUCUCGUUACUGGAAAUUAGGACAAAAGCUAUUGGGAGGCCUAAUGGUUAUCGAAAGGUUAUCAAGGGAUCCAAGUGUCUACAUCUAGGAAUUGAUGAUGAUAGAAAAGUCUCUGGCACGACGGUAACAGUCCGAGAUCUAUUUUACAAUCAGCCAGUGAGACGAAAAUACAUGCAAUCCAGCCCCAAGAAACUUUUGGAAUCUAUCAAAAAGUGCGUGUUCCGGAUUGCCCUUGUGCACUCUAAUGUUUCCUUCAGUGUUCUUGAUAUUGAAAGUGAUGAAGAGCUUUUCCAAACCAACCCUUCUUCUUCGGCGUUCUCACUACUGAUGAGAGAUGCAGAAAAAGAGGCUUUAAAUCCUCUUUGUAAAGUAAACGUUACAGAUAGCAUGCUGACUGUCUCUGGCUAUAUAUCUGGUCCUGGAGAUAGUUUCAAGGCCUUGCAGUAUAUAUAUAUCAAUUCAAGAUUCAUAAGCAAAGGUCCCAUACAUAAGCUGCUGUACAACUUGGCUGCUAGUUUUGAAAAUACGGAUAGCUGGAAGCCUCCAGAUGAGUUACAAACAGGAAGACGUAAUAGACUUCAAUCCAAUCCUGGUUAUAUUUUGUGCAUAACAUGUCCACGUCAUCUUUAUGAAUUCUCGUUUGAACCAUCAAAGACUCACGUUGAGUUCAAGAAUUGGGAACCUAUACUUGCCUUCAUACGAAGAAUCAUUCUAGCCAACUGGAAGAAAGAUACAAGUCUUGAAUUUUUUGAUGGGGGUGCUGAUCUACUACCAAAAGGUGAUAUACAAGACCUUAGACUUCGAGAAGAUUGGCCAGAAGCUAUGGAACCUACAAAAAAGAAGCUCAAGAGAAGUAAUGAUAAGGCACCUUGUAGUUUUCUAUUAUCCCCAGCUGCUGAACUGAAAAGAGAUGGUGUUUUUUUGUCUGAAGGAAAGGAUGAAAGGUCUGUACAAUAUAAAUUUGACAUGGAUAUUGAGAAUCUCAAAGAGCAAGGCUCUGAAUUUGACUGUCAGACUGAUUCUCUUCCACAGUCAUGUGACAUGGACUUUCCACAAGUUACUGACCUCCUGAAAACAAGCUUUGUUGCUGGUGUUACAUGCAGUAAACAGUCUCUAAAAAGAUGUCAGAGUAGCACACCUCUCAAUAUCGACAAUGAUUUUAGGAAAGAUUCAGACGAAUUAAAUCAGCAGUUUGGAGGAUAUAAAGAUGAGUUGAAUGUCAGCAAUUUCACUGGAAAACAUCUCUUGCGUGGUUACUCCUCAGGAGAGAGCCUAAUCCUUAACAAGCCUAUACGAACUCAUGAUGAAAGGUCUGAAUUAGCCAUGCCUAUGAUACUCAAUAACGACCAGUGUAACUCGCUGAUUCGUGUCCUGGAGACCAGAGAAGGUGGUUCUCAGAGUGAUAUAUUUUCUGAUACUCUUGAAUGUCAUGGAACGACUAGGACUCUUGAUUGUUCCCUAGGGAGUUCAUGGCAGGAUACUGAUUGGUUUACACUACAACGUCCCGCAUAUAGUGGAAGUGGUAGAGAAGAUUUUAACAUUGCCUCCAUAGAUACUGUAGAAUUUCAUUCAUACAAAGACAAAAUUUUCGGGAAAAAGUACUUUUCCUCUGUCAAUGUGGGGAGCUCUGGUGCUGAGAGUUUCUGUUUGAGUUCUGAGUUGUCUCCAAUGUUCUCCACACCUCCUUCUGCGACCAAGUGGGAGUUAGAUUAUCAGAAAGGUUGUCAAAUUCUGGAAGGGAGUUUGAGACUGGGAAGGAUGAUUGACCCUGAAUUUUUGUUCAGUGCAGCUGAUAACAUCGAAUUUGAUCAUGAGGUCAUACCGCAAAUGGAUUGUCAGGAAACUAACACAGAUUCCUUCACAGCUAUUCAGAAUUUCACUCAGUCAGAUGAAAAAGUUUGCAAGUCAUUGUGGGAGCACGCAGAUAAUGUGGGUAUUGAACUAAUUAGUAUCAAAAGGGACAAGUUCAAUUAUAGGAAUGUUAGACAGAAUAAUGAUGGUAAACAAAGGUCAAGAAGAAGCCGCUCUGCUCCUCCAUUUUAUCAGGAUAAGAAGAGAUUUAUCAGCUUAAAUUGUAGAUCAGACACAAAAUCAAAGAACUCUGAUCCACAAGAACAUGAUGAUUUGGAGUGUUUGACACAACCUUGUAAUACAUCUCAUAUGUAUCCGAAGCGGAGCAUCAUUAAUGAUGUGUCAUAUGAUCACAUACAAGAAACAGAAGAAAGUUUGAAUUCUGCCUCAGACUUGAAAGCAUCUACUGGUUGCAGGACUGUGCACCCAGAGACGCUAGAGGAGGAUGGAGACAAAGACUUCAGCUCAAAAGAAAAUGUGGAUCUUGAUAAAUCCACAACGAAAUGGCGCCAUCACUGUUCAGUGUCUCAGGUUAUACACAUUGAUAAGGUUGCCAAGGAAUCACAUGAGCUUCACGAUCAAGAUAGUGUACUUGAUAUAUGUUCAGGACUUUUGCACCUACGAUCCGAUGAAUCAUUGGUUCCUGAAUCUAUAAACAGGCACUCCGUUGAAGAUGCCAGGGUCCUACAACAGGUUGACAAAAAAUAUAUCCCAAUUGUUGCUUGUGGAACACUUGCCAUCGUUGAUCAGCAUGCUGCCGAUGAAAGAAUUCGCUUGGAAGAGCUGCGUAAAAAGGUCUUGGCUGGGGAAGCAAGGACAGUCACCUACUUGAAUGCAGACCAAGAGUUGGUACUGCCAGAAAUGGGCUAUCAGUUACUCCAGAGUUAUUCAGAGCAGAUAAGAAACUGGGGUUGGAUCUGCAGCAUCAAUGUAGAAGGUUCAACAUCCUUUAAGAAGAACAUGAGCAUCAUCCAACGGAAACCAACCCCAAUCACACUUAAUGCGGUCCCAUGCAUUCUGGGUGUAAAUCUAUCUGAUGUUGAUCUAUUGGAGUUUCUUCAGCAGCUUGCUGAUACUGACGGAUCAUCAACAAUUCCUCCAUCUGUUCUUCGAAUCCUCAACUCCAAAGCCUGUAGAGGUGCAAUUAUGUUUGGAGAUUCUCUGUUACCCUCGGAAUGCUCUUUAAUCAUGGAAGGACUGAAGCAGACCUCGCUUUGUUUCCAGUGUGCUCAUGGACGACCAACGACAGUUCCCCUAGUCAAUCUGAAGGCAUUGCACAAACAGAUAACAAAGCUCGGUUCUAAACAACUGUGGCAUGGUUUCCACCGGAGAGAAAUUACGCUUGAUCGUGCUAAGUCACGCUUAGAAAAAGCUAGAAACUAAAAGCUUAAAGAGCUCAAUGUCGAUAGUGCCGUUGAGUCAGUAAAUAACUACUUUACUUAACUCUUAGUCAUACUGUAAAUCUUCUCUUUUGAUAUAUAGUUAUGUAAAUCUUCUCCGAUUUUGAAAAGAAAAAUAAAGAAAACAAAGCUUAGACCAAAA